UGCUCUCGCCGGCUCCGGGCAGUGAGAAGGCGGCUAGAGAGGCUCGAGGGCGGCCGAGGGCGGGCUCCUUCUUGCGCGCUCCUAGUGGUUGGAGGAUUUGGUCCCAGGCGCCACCCUAUGUGAUCUUCCUGUGUCUCAGACUUCUGGCGUUGGGGUCACCAUCCCCAAGGAGGGAUCCAAAGGGACGUGGAACGGAGACCAGAAGAGCGAAUGCGACGUGCUGGGAAAAUGCCGCCCCCUUCCCCCGGCCCCCGCUUUGGGUUCUAGAAUCCCUGAUAUCCUGGCAACGGAGCUGCACCAGCUCUGGUCCCCCCUCUUUCCAGCCUUCCUCCCCGGUUCCUACUCCCCGUCCCCUGAGACCUACAUAGGGGCUCCUUAGCCCUUUCUGUUUCCCGCCUGCCCAAGAUUUCAACUCGUCUGUCAGGGAGAUGGCAUCCACACCUACCAGGAAUGAGGAGAAAAAGGGCAGCAGGAUGUCCCCAGCGGCAGCCCCCUCUGGUGGAAGUCUGAAGGUUUCAUUAUCCCGAUCUGAGGAAUUCCUGACCCGGAUCAGCACAGAGCUCACCAACGAGGCCUUGUUUAUCGCUGGCUGCCCCACGAACUCUGUGCCCACCAAGGAAAAACAGACCCAAGACCGAGGGACUCAGAUAUCCAAACAUGUGUUCUUCAAGACCCGGGGCACCGACACCCGAACAUGCAUCAGAGCUGCUCGCUCCCAAGUCACUAACGCAUCAGUUUGCUGGGGUCUCCUGGUCAUGAACAGCAGCACACUCAAAGCCUCCCAGGUGUUCUGGAGCCAUCUCACGCCUUCCCACCCUCAGCUGGCAAGGACAUCACCAGAAACCAAAGGCUUUAAUAAAAAGACAGAGAGAGGUCCUUCCCUCUUCCCAACCCAGGCCGGGCUCUGGAGUGGCUUCUCUGGGGGUGAAGAUGUGAGAGGGCGGCCCUUUUUCUUCCUUCUUUUUCUUCUCUUUUUUUUCCCUUGCCAGAUGUGUGGGCAUAUGGGUGAAAUGGCAUAGUCCAUGUUACUGGAACAGCUUUAAUUCGGGCAGUUAACGACCUGUUUUCUGUCAUCCUUUUGGUGGAGAUGAGCUCAUGGAUCUGAACUCAGCCUCCUAGCCACACUCCAGCCCCUUCCUGUCUAGCCUUG